AUGCUUUCAUAUAUGUACACUACUGAGUUUCAAAAGAGAGGGUUGCCACAUGCACAUAUCUUGAUAUUUUUGCAUCCUUCUAACAAGUAUCCAAGACCUGAAGAUAUUGACAAAAUUAUUAGUGUUGAAGUUUCCGAUCCUUUGAAAGACCCAAAGUUGUACAAUUUGGUUAAAACUCACAUGGUUCAUGGUCCUUGCGGUUUGAACACUUUGUCAACUGCACUUUAUGCUAAAAGAAAAAUUGUAUUGUGUGUUGCCUCAAGUGGGAUUGCAAGUUUAUUGUUUCCAGGUGGAAGAACAACUCAUUCUAAAUUUAAGAUUUCAGUCCCUACUUUGGAAUCUUCCAUUUGCAACAAUGACAAAAAAGAUGAACUUGUUGAUCUUUUAAAGUUGACUGAUCUAAUCAUAUGGGAUGAGGCUCAUAUGGCUAACAAGUUUUGCUUUGAGGCCCUUGACAAAUCUUUGCAAGAUAUUAUGAGUGAAACUACUGAAGCAUCUGACAAAAUAUUUGGAAGGAAGGUACUGAAACUUACUAAGAACACGUGGUUGCAAAAAGGAACAAUGACAUCUACCGCAAAUAACAUUCAAACUUUUUCUGAGUGGAUCUUGAAAAUUGGAGAUGGGAGAAUGUAUGAACCAAAUGAUGGUUAUGUUGAAAUUUCAAUUCCCCAAGAGUUUCUAAUUUCUAAUUUUUCAGAUCCUAUUGAGGCUAUUAUUAAAAUUAUCUACCAUGAUCUCAUUCAUAACUAUCAUGAUUCCAAUUACCUUCAAAGUCGUGCAAUUUUGGCUUCAACUAUUGAAGUAUUGGAUGAUAUCAAUCAAUACAUCACAAACCUUCUUCCAGGAGAAGAAAAUGAAUACUUUAGUAGCGAUUUUGUAGAUAGAUUUGAAACAACUGAUUUUGAUGCAUUUGAACACUUGAUACAUGAAUUCUUGAAUGCUCUUAAAAUAUCAGGUAUGCCUAAUCAUUUAAUAAAGUUGAAAAUUGGGACCACAAUUAUGUUGUUACGCAACUUGGAUCAAUCUGAAGGAUUAUGCAAUGGUACACGACUCACUGUAACAAGACUUGAUAAUCAUGUCAUUGAAGCUAAGAUCAUUUCUGGAAAGAAUAUUGGUAACAUCAUUUAUAUUCUAAGAAUGUCUUUUUCCCCCUCACAAUCAGCAUGGCCUUUUAAGUUGGUGAGAAGGCAAUUUCCAAUUAUUGUUUCUUUUGCUAUGACAAUUAACAAAUCUCAGGGUCAAUCUUUAGACAAAGUUGGUUUGUACUUACCAAAAGAUGUUUUCAGUCAUGGUCAAUUGUAUGUCGCACUUUCUAGAGUUAAGACUAAUGAAAGUCUUAAGAUUUUGAUUAAUGACAAAGAUAAACAGGUUAUGCAUAUUACCACUAAUGUUGUCUUCAAGGAAGUUUUUCACAACAUUUAA